AUCAAUGAGCUCAGCCAGGUGCCCCCUCCGGUGAUGCUGUUGCCAGAUGACUUUAAGGCUAGCUCCAAGAUCAAGGUCAACAAUCACCUCUUCCAUAGAGAAAAUCUUCCCAGUCAUUUCAAGUUCAAGGAAUAUUGUCCCCAGGUCUUCAGGAACCUUCGUGAUCGAUUCGGCAUUGAUGAUCAGGAUUACUUGGUAUCCCUUACUCGAAGCCCCCCAAGCGAAACUGAAGGCAGUGAUGGCCGGUUUCUCAUCUCCUAUGAUCGAACUCUUGUUAUCAAAGAGGUGUCCAGCGAGGACAUUGCCGACAUGCAUAGCAACCUCUCCAACUACCACCAGUACAUAGUGAAGUGUCAUGGUAACACGCUUCUGCCCCAAUUCCUGGGCAUGUACCGAGUCAGUGUAGAAAAUGAAGACAGUUACAUGCUCGUCAUGAGAAAUAUGUUUAGUCAUCGUCUUCCUGUGCAUAGGAAGUAUGACCUCAAGGGUUCUCUAGUGUCCCGGGAAGCCAGCGAUAAGGAAAAGGUUAAAGAGCUGCCUACGCUUAAGGAUAUGGACUUCCUCAACAAGAACCAGAAAGUAUAUAUUGGUGAAGAAGAAAAGAAAAUAUUUCUGGAGAAGCUGAAGCGAGAUGUGGAGUUCCUAGUGCAGCUGAAGAUCAUGGACUACAGUCUUCUGCUGGGCAUCCACGACAUCAUCCGGGGCUCUGAGCCGGAGGAAGAGGGGCCCGUGCGGGAGGACGAGUCAGAGUGGGAUGGGGACUGUAACCUGGCUGGACCUCCUGCUCUGGUGGGCUCCUAUGGCACCUCCCCUGAGGGCAUUGGAGGCUACAUUCAUUCCCACCGGCCCCUGGGCCCAGGAGAGUUUGAGUCCUUCAUCGAUGUCUAUGCCAUCCGGAGUGCUGAGGGGGCCCCCCAGAAGGAGGUAUAUUUUAUGGGCCUCAUUGACAUUCUGACACAGUAUGAUGCCAAGAAGAAAGCAGCUCAUGCAGCGAAAACCGUCAAGCAUGGGGCGGGAGCAGAGAUCUCUACUGUCCAUCCUGAGCAGUACGCUAAGCGAUUCUUGGAUUUCAUUGCCAACAUCUUUGCCUAAGAGCCUGCCUGACUCCGUGGUGAUUGCUGCUUUAUGUUGAAGGUGGUGGGUUCUGAGAGUCUUAGGGGAACUGGAUGUGGCCACUACUUCUCUUCCUUGCUAAAUUCAGGCUGCAGGCUCCUUCCAUCCAAAUCAUUCCAUCUUGGUGGAUAGGCUUUUCCUACCAGAGAAACACACUGUCCUUUCUUCCCGCGUCCGUUUUUCUGCCCGCUCUCCCGGCUCCCAGUAAGCCCUCUUGCUUCAUUAGAGUGCUGUUGUUGACUCCCAAGUGCCUUGAUCUUUGAAAAUUACCUUGUUUCUAUGAAAUCAGAGGAGCUGGGGGUAGGGGUUGUUUGCCAUCUUCGGGACCUGACAAGAUGGACAGUGGACGUGGCUCCAGCAGCUACCCUGGAUGCACUCUGCAGUGUGGAAGAAACAGUGUCUGGAUUUCGCUGAUACCUUUGUAGGGCUCUUUGUGGCAAUCCUUUCUUCCUGCAGGCCCUGGAAUGGAGGGCUCUCAGGAGACUCCAGGUGUGGGUGCAGGCAUUCACGCAUGGACAGUCAGCAGCUGGCACCUCACAGAGGCGGGACCCCAGUGGACUUUUGUGACUGUGCAGACAAUGGAGAAGGUCCCUGUCAAGCAGUGACUACUGUCCAUUCUCUGCCUCCACCACACCCCACCCCACUGUGAUCUGUAGCAGUGAGUACUUAUGGAUCAGGAACCCCGAUAUGGCCAGAGCUGUCCAAGCCUAGGGGCAGGUGUGAGGCCUCUGCUGCUGCACCUCCCCAGAACCUUGCGCCUUUGCUGGGGAUGGAACCCUUUAGCGAGGGGGUGGGGGGAAGGGAGAGCAGUGGAGCCUGGGAGGACAGGUCGGAGUGCAAGGUUCAUACCCUGUGUGAAGUUUCCUUUCUUCCUAUCCAGUAAAGCCCAUGGUCCCUUUCUAGCCAAGGGAAGAGCUCCAUGUGGCUCAGUUUCCAUAAUUUCAAGAGGAUAGAGACCUUGAGUGUGGGAACAUCCCCAUUCCCUGGACGUAGGUACGCAGCACAGGGCCUCCCCUCUUCUCAAACACUUUUUCUAGUUGGGUUUGUUAUUCUGUUCCUUCUGUCCCAUCUUUCACUGCUAAUGUGUCUCCCAGGGACAGAUGGCCUUCUCUGUCAUCUUCACUUCCCACCCCCAGAGAGGAGUCAGAGCCAUAACUCACUCACCGGAUCCCUUCCAAAGAUAGCUGAGUUAAUGCGUGAUAGAUACUCUCAGAAUGUAGAGGAACUUUCAGGGCAGCUAAUGCCUCUAAAACCCAGCCCUCAAGGAGGCUGCAGCAGAGUCAGUGAGAGUUCAAGGCCAGCUUGAACAGCCUGGGCUACAGAGUAAGACAUGGUCUCAGGAAAACUCAAAGAAGGUAUGGGUUUGAGCAUUGGAGAUAACUCAGUGGAUAGAGUGCUUGCCUAGCGUGUACAAAGCUCUGGGUUCCAUCUCAGCACCAUGCAAACCAGAUGUGGUGGUGCACACCUAUAAUCUCAGCACUUGGGAAAAGAAGGCAAGGGGCAUCAGGUAUUCAAGGUCACCCUCAGUUCCAUAGCGAGUUUGAGGCCAGCCAAGGAUACGUGAGACUAUCUGGGAAAACAAGAUUCUGCCAUGAGAUAGACAGUCUUGUCUCUGCCCAGAGCCUUUGGAACCAAGACGGGCAUUGUUGCUGUUCUGUUCCCCUUUAGACCUCCACACCCUGGGAGUGGGGGGUGGGCAGUAAGGGCACAAAGCUAUGAGGUCCUCAGGGAGAAGCCCCCUUCUCACCUUUACACCAAAGGAAGCAGCAAAAGGCAGGCCCAGCUGGGGUGGGAGGGGCCUGCCUGCUGGGCCUCUUCCAUCCAUCCCAUAGUCACCCUUUUCCCUGUUGAUGCAAUAAAGCCCCAUGGCACCAGCAGCAGUUCCUUAGAACUGGAUUCUCCAACCAAGAGGUUGUGUAUUAUGGGCAGAACGGUCAUCUUCAUUUAUUGCUUCUGUUUUCCAUCAUUUUUUAUUAAUAAAAAUCUCUAUUUACCUGUAUUUACUCCCAAUAUCACAAUAAAAUAAAUUAUUCGGUCCAAA